ACUAACUGCUAGUUUCCAUUUACAACGACCAAAACGCUGAGUGGACGUGUCUCUUCAGUCUGUUUCAGUUUGAAUGGAUUAGCGAAUAAAUGUGGCAUCGUGCCACAGCCUCACUUUUACUCGUCGGUCAACCGUUGGCAGCGCUAGAAGUGCUGACUAUCUUUCGUUAGUCGGUUCGGAAUAUUCGUUUGUUAUCUCCGAUUCUGAUUGCUCGCCUUAUUCGCGCGAGGGUUCAAACGCGAGACUCGUGCUGGAAUCGUGAUUCGUGAUCCACGCUGCCUGCAAGGAUAUAUUAUGCGGACGGCUCGGUCAGUCAAAGGCGCACAACAGUCAGGUGGUUCAGAAUUGUGCUGAACUUCAAACGAGACGGAUCGGGCGAAAUUUACGUGUGAUAAAAGUGUGCGCGGUUGAGAAAAAUAGUAGAACAUCAACAUGUCUAACAUCAGUGCAUUCUAUCGCGACAAGGUCGUGUUCGUAACCGGUGGAACUGGAUUUAUAGGAAAAAUUGUGGUGGAAAAGCUGUUACGAACAAGUGGAGUGAAGGAAGUCAUUCUACUGGUGCGAGAAAAGAAGAAUACCCCGCCGGAGCAGAGAAUACGAGAGCUGUGCUCGUCCCCAGUAUUUAAUAGACUUACGGCUAAAUCUCCGGAGUACAAGGAACGAAUCAAAGUUGUGGAAGGUGAUCUCGAAAGGAAAGGUCUCGGUCUAACUCAGGAGAGUGCGGAGUACCUACAGGAACAUGUAAACGUCAUUCUUCACAUCGCCGCUACCGUCAAAUUUGACGAGGAGAUCGUUAAAUCCAUCACGCUGAAUUUGGGCGGAACGAAAGAGGCCUUGGAGAUCGGCAAAAGUUGUAAGAAUUUACAGAGUUUUAUCUACGUGUCCACGGCUUAUUCACAUAGCUAUCGGGAUCACAUCGAAGAGCAUAUAUAUCCAUUGGACAUGGAUCCGGAAAAGAUCCUAGCUAAUAUGGAUGAUGAAAAAAUGAGAGGAGAAGUCUACAAAUAUUCGCUCAAGUGGCCCAACACUUACACAUUCACGAAAGCAUUGGCAGAGGUUAUUUGUCAAAACUAUCGUCAAUACUUUCCGGUGGCGGUGGUCCGACCAUCCUGCGUAAUGCCAGCACUGGACGAACCCAUGCCCGGCUGGUGUGAUAGUAUAUAUGGGUCUAAUGGGACAUUUAUUGGCUGGUACUAUGGAUUGAUUCGGACGAGCCAAAUCGAUACACAAGUACAGAUCGAUACUGUUCCGGUGGAUUAUGUUUGCAACACAAUCAUUGCCGUAGGAUGGAAGACUUUUGUCACAAAAGAGCAGGAGAAAGAACUUCUCAUAUAUAAUUGCACAAGUUCCACGGAUAAUCCUCUAACGUUUGAUGAACGACGCCACGAGUGUGAAAAGGUAAUAAGAAAGUACCCGUUGGAAACCGGAAUCUAUCGACCGAUUACGGUUUGUACCACUAGCGAAACGAUGUUCCGGAUUUAUUCGCUGUUUCUGCACUACCUGCCGGCGUUUAUCGUGGACACGGCACUAAGGCUUCGCGGAGAAAAACCGCGGCUAGUGAGCACAUACCAAAAACUAGACAAAGUGGUCGAAACGGUGAAAAAGUUUGCGUUCACAACAUUUCUCUUCGACAACCAGAAUAUGCGGGAAUUGUAUAUUGAAAUGAAUUCGACGGACCAUCGGCACUAUCCGUGCGACAACCGGACCUACAGCUGGCGGCUUUAUUUCGAACGAAUCAUUCCAGGUCUGAAGAAAAAUUUCUUCAAGGAGGACCUUAACAAUGUCGAGAGAGCUCGUCAGAUUCUCCGAAACAAGGAACUGGCCGUCAAUAGUGUUCUGGCAGUAGUUUUUGGACUAAUAGUGCUUCAAUUAUAUUAUCUUUUUUUCUGAAAGUGUGUCCAUCGAUAAAUGCGUGUAUGUAAAUAAAUAUGAUCUGACACAGAUUUUCGGACUGAUUGCGAACUUUAUAAUAAUAAUAAUGGCUGGUUAGGCAAAAGUGAAGUUCUACAAGAAACAGUGUGUUUAGGAGGAACUUAUUAAAUGACUCGUACGACCUAGAAGUGGUGUGUACAGUGGAAUACGGCUAGGGUAGAAUAUAUCACCUAAGGUAGCUGGAAUUAGGUUGAACUUGGUUCAGUCGAGUGAUUCAUUAGGAAUAGUUACCCUGUUUGUGUGGCAUGGAAUGCUCGAAGACAUUUGGAUUAAAAAAAAAGAUCAGAAACAUAAUGUCAGACGAAAUUGUAUUGCUCUGGACUAAAACUGACAAUAAGUUUUAAUACUGUCUCGAGGAAGAAACGACAUUGAUUUCAAGAAACCAAACUAGCCAAAAUUACAAAACAGAUUAAUUUUAUAAAAGGACACUGGCUCUUAUUUUAGGAAAGCUCAUGAGAAGUAGUCGUUAUAUAAAUAAGUGAAUAACAAGAAAACAAUUGGAAACUAUAAAAAAUUGGUGCAACUAGUUUGAAUUUUUCCGUUCAAUACAGCAUAUAAAAAAAAGUAUUACCACUCACUACAGAUGAAUCGAGUCAAAUGUGUUUCAUCCAUAUUUAUCUAUUACAAAUUGCGAGCGUAUGUUAAUGCAAAGUUAAAGCAAAACCACCUGAUAUUGCCAUUAGACUUUCUUUAGCAUUUUAUGCAAAAUAGUAUACGAUCAAUAAACAUCAGUGAUUUUUUUAAAUUACGUGGUAUUGGUUGUAGCUGUAGUUGUAGUAGUGUAACUACUAUUAAUUUCAUUUGUACAUACUUAGUUAAAAAAAAUUUCAAUUAUUUUAUGAUUUUCAAUGACGCCCUUACGGCAUUCUCAAUGCAGUGCUAUUCCCAAACUUCACGCAACAAAAAUGAAAAAUGUUCUGAAUAACCGUUCCUAUUUAUUAAAAUGCAAGAAAGUAUUUUACGUUUUAUAGGAAAUCAGUUUAGACAAAAUUGUGAAGAAGCCGUGUUUAUUCAUUGGCGUGAAUCAUUUUAAAGAUAAAAUAACUUCAAAAUCACUUUAACUUGUAAGAUCGCAAUACCAUUCCCUUUCAAAGUAACAAUCAGUAGUUCAACGACGCUGAAAUCUAAAACAGCAGGGAAAUCCUAUCAAAGCGCAAAGAAAUGGUGGCCUCUUCCAACAAAGCAUAUCAGAAAUAAGUUUCAAGUGGUUUCAG